AUGCCACAGACGGACGGCAUUUGGCACGAGAUUCUCAAGAUUAACAACGUGAAGCAAGAGCUCUUCAUGGACCGGGUCCUACUCCUACACAGGGUCGCCCUGAAAAAGCGGGCGGGCAAAGCCUCCAAUGUGAGGCUGAGUUUGGCAAAGUGGGACGCGGAAACGAACAUCAUGGCGGCUCUGGGACAUGUGCUCCAGGAGAUGGGCAACCAGCCAAGCAUGUUCUCCCCAGAGCAUCUCAAGGCGGCACGGGCCAAGGUCUUGGAGGGGGACUACCACGACGAUAUGCAAGCACACAUUGAUGGCAGCCACUUCAAUUGGAGCCCCUCCCACACGCAGCUCUGGAGCGAUCACUUGGCCCCCACGAACGAUGCCGCAGUGAUGGAUGCUGCUGCGGCCCGGCUGAACAGCAUGGCCGAUGAUGCUUCCAGAAUCGCUUUCGAGCAAGACCAGCUCAAGCUGGCCACCGACAUCGCCAACAUCGGCAGGAUGCUGGACGCUUACAACAAGUCGGACCGCGCACGGCACCUGGCAAAGUUCAUGGCAAAGAGCACGGUCGACGAGGCGCCGUGCGUGCUCCUGUUGGACUUCACGAAGAACGGUCGCUUGAGUGCGAAAGACUUAGACCGUGACAUUGGCAUGGUCAAGAAGUUUCUAUCCGCAAAGCCCCUGAUGACAAUGGCUGUGGUGGUCGCCCCGUUCUUGGAGUCGGCGAGACUCGGACAGCGGGCCGAAUUGAGGGGAAAUCGAUCGAACAUUCCCUUCGAGCCCGAGCGCAACUACAUCAUCCCGGUGGCCAUCAAAGACUCCGUGCCCUCGGCAUCUGAAGGUUCGAGGGCCAUGUCAGAUGUGCAGGAGGCCGCACAGAUCCUGUGCGGUGCAGCCUUCCCGGAGGCCAUCCUGGCGGGUUGUUUUGCCAACAUGCCCAGCAGGACAAUGUUCAGGACGGUGCACCUCUCCCCGUAUGAUGCCCAUUGGGAGAAGACAGUGGCUAAGUACCAUCUUGAAGAGCAGAGGCCACGAAUUUGCUCCCUGUCCCUCACGAAUGACAUGGAUAUCGCUCAGUAUUGCGAGCAAAUCUUGGCUCUGGACAUUCUGCAGGCCUGGAAGCAGAACGCGAGCACCCAGCUCCUGGCAGAGGAGACCGGCUUCAGGCGCUACGAGAGCGAGGUCUCCGGCAUGCCGGCCAGCCCAGAUCCCCGUGACUAUGGUUUCAAGCUUGUGGAGGUUACGGCUGAUGACUCCCAAAGGGGUGUGGGUCGCUACAGGUUCAGCUUGUCCCCGACCGUCCGGGCACAGUACAAUGCAGAUGUUGUGCAUCGCAUGCAGUGGCAGGGGCUCAUGGAAGCUUUCGACAAGCAGUUUGCCCGGCACAUGCAGACCCAGGCCGCGGACGCACCGGGACCAAUCAGCACCCGGAACCCGGAGGUGGCUGAUGGCUCAUUGGCCUGGGAUGGUGAGCCAUCCACUUUGGAUGAUCUCACCGGCAGGUAUGAGAUUGAGCACAAGAUUCCAGCAAGAACCGCAGGCGCAAGUCUGUUCAUUUGCAAGAGCACCGAGCGAGAUGGCCAACAGACUGAUGUGUGCGAUGCACAAAAGUUCAAAGUCUUCCUUGCUGCUCGAUAA